AUGAGUGCCAUUCUGUCGGCUGAGGAUUUGAAUGACUUUAUCUCGCCGGGUGUGGCGUGUAUAAAACCGGUGGAGACGAUACACAAGACUGAAAUAGGAUAUGAGAUCCAGAUCGGUGUGGACGGACAGCCAGUGGAGAUUUCUAUAGAUAAUGGCCAGGUUCACCAGCUGCAAAAGGCUCAAAUCUCUUUGAGUGAUUGUUUGGCAUGUUCCGGGUGUAUUACAUCGGCAGAAGAGGUUCUGGUUGCGCAACAUAGUCAUAAGGAGUUGGUGAAUGCUCUCAAAAAUAGGCAAGAAUGCACUUUUGUGGUCAGUUUCAGUCAUCAGAGCCGAAGCUCGCUAGCGGCUGCCUUUGGCUUGACGAUACCGCAGACUGAUUAUUUUCUGUUAGAACUUUUCACCCAGCGAUUGGGGUUCGCGUUUGCCGUUGGUUUGGGAUUGGGCCGCAAGAUUGCGCUUGACCAGAUCGCCAACGACAUGCUCGAUAAGAAGGCCCAAGGGAUCUCUGGUCCUACUUUGAGCUCAGUUUGUCCUGGCUGGGUUCUUUACGCCGAGAAAACCCACCCACAUGUGAUACCCAAGAUCAACACCACCAAGUCUCCACAGCAGAUAACCGGUCGCAUACUGAAAACUUUGGUGGCAAACCAGUUGAAGGUGGAGGCGGCCAAAGUGUAUCAUCUUUCCAUAAUGCCUUGUUUUGAUAAGAAGCUGGAGAGUGCGCGAUCCGAGAAUAGUGACGAAAACGGCCCUGAUGUGGACUGUGUGAUUACACCAAGAGAGUUGGUGCAAAUGAUGGAGGAAGAGGGUAUGAACUACAUAGACAUGAUUGAGAGUGCGAGAAACUUCCAGGUCGAUUUGGGAGAGCUCUACGUGAGAUAUGCUCCAAAACAAUGGCCCUUGGCGGUCGAAUCGUGGAUGAAUGACGAGGGAUCCGCAUCAGGAGGAUAUGCUCUUAACUAUCUAUUAGCCCUUCAAGCCAUCCACGAGGAACAGGGCAAAGCCGGCUUGACAGUUUGCAGAGUCGAGGGUCGCAACCCGGAUAUUUACGAACUGAGGUUGGUGGAUGCGGAGGGCCAGGUGCUGGGAACCAGUGGAGUUAUCAAUGGGUUCCGCAACAUCCAAAAUCUGGUGCGGAAGCUAAAGCCCAAUGGAGUCAAGAGGGUCAUCAAUACCACCAAAAAACGCGGAGGUAUGACUGGUGGUGACACUGUGGACGUCUCCAAGUGCGAUUUCAUCGAAGUCAUGGCUUGUCCAGGGGGCUGUAUCAACGGUGGAGGUCAGAUCAAGGAACCCGAUGGAAGGACCAAUAAAGACUGGAUCAAAGAGGUAGCUGGUAUUUAUUCCACCAUUCCGGUCAACGGGGUUUCUUCCAGUAGCCUGCACCAAUGGCUGGAUGAGUUCUACGCAUAUUUCAAAGUGGAACCCUCUCGGCUACUUCGCAUGGAGUUCCACGAGGUAGAAAAGCCCACUGAUACCACUUCCAUAGCUCUGGGAUCCAAAUGGUGA